UUGUGUAGAGCCAUUCUCAGGAGCAACCCAUUGCACUGCACACCAGUGGAAGAGGAAAUUGCUACUCGACUUGAAAAACGUGUGUUUUGAUGCCCCUUCCCUACACCUGGACAUUGGCAAACAGACUUUUUGUCUUUGCACUAUAAGAGGCCUCAUGGGCUCUGUGUGAAUUCUAUUUGAAGGGAGAAAGACUCACCUGAAUAGACCAGUGGACAUCCGUUGGUGCAUUUGUUCUACUUCCCAACAUAUGAAAAACCACUUUGUGCGACUCAAAGACUUAAAGACUUUCGCCGCAUGGGAGAGCAAGGACUAGAUAUUUAACAUUCUUUGAUCUACCUGCAUUCUUUUUCCACAACAUCCUAGGACUAGGAAAUUCAGCGUAAGAAAAGACGAGGUUAAACAGCAGGGGCAUUGUGUUCCAACUCCUGCCAAAACCCCUGCCACCCGAAACACCAACCAGCGGGCAACAUCAAAGACCAAACCCUCCAUCCGACCUCCCUCCUCCUCCUUACCCUCCAAAACUAAAGCAGAGACCAAACAGUUGUGGGUGAGAGAGCAGAGAAACAGCAGGAAUACUAACAAACGAACUGCGGGAAAGUGCAAGAGAAAUCAAGGGCAAAGGUUUGAGAUCACGCCUUCAGAACUGCCAUGGUGCGAGGUGGCGGUGCGGCUAUAGCGCCGCCCUGUUGGGGCCUGUGGGCGGUGGGCGCCCUUUCGCUGGCGACGCUGUGCCUGACAGAGGAGGCCAUCCGCUGCCCCGUGUGCUCCGAGGAGCGGCUGGCCAGCUGCCAGCUGCCUGAUGGCAGCUGUGAAGAGACGGUGAGGGAGACGGGCUGCGGCUGCUGCCCCACCUGCGCCCUAGCCAAGGGGGCGCACUGCGGCGUCUACUCGCCCCGCUGCGGCACGGGGCUCCGCUGCUACCCGCCACGGAACGUGGAGAGGCCCCUCCACUCGCUCAUGCAUGGCCAGGGAGUGUGCACCAAUGAGAGGGACGUGGAAGAGAACUCAGGUGAGACAAGAGGGAAGGAAUGGUUGCGGGCUACCGGUAUCUUUAACGUUUGUCCACUGAUGUGGCUGUAUGUGCAGGUGGCAUCACUGUGGUCACCCUCCGUUUAAAAUGGGUGCUGCAUUAUGUUAUCCCACCUUAUUUCUUCAGUGGUUACUUCUGUUGUGGUCCGACACUCCAUCUUGUAUUUUAGGCUACUGUACUCAACAUUCUUAGUGGCGCUCUGGCAUGCCUACCCAGAAUUAGGACAUGUGUGUGUAUGAGAACAUCGCCACCUCAACAGUACCCUCAGUCGUUUUCCAGGUUAGUACUGUAUAUAAUAGGAUGUAACUGUAAAUCAAGCCUGGCGGACUGGUUGGCAUCUCUCUCACACUCUCUCUCCCUCUCUCUCCCUCUCUCAUGUUGGAUCAUAGCCGGUCCGGUUGGACCAUACGCAGUUAAGAGGGCCAGGCCAGGGUGCCGGGGCUGGGCCAGAGUGCUCUCUUCCUGCUCCAUGCUCUUACCUGAGCUGGGGAGGGUGUGACAAUGUGCUGCUUGUUUGCUCUAAUCUCCGCUAAGCCUCGGCCCAGAGCACACACACCAGCUCGUCACGCACGGCCUGACGUGAGAGCACACAGUCCCCCCGCUGUUUUGGCGCCCGGCCGUACACAGUAAAAGGGCACCUUCUGCCUUAGACAGAGCAGAAAAGGUUUCGGUCAGAGAGAGAUUCACUGUGGGGAUAGUAUGGCUGGGCGUGUGUGUGUAUGGAUGUAUCCGUGCUCUGUGUGUGGGUUUGUAUCUGUAUGCAUGUGUUUUUGCGUGUGUGUUCAGUGUGUAUGUGUGUGUGUGUGUGUGUGUACGUACGUACACUAUAUAUACAAAAGUAUGUGGACACCCCUUCAAAUUAGUUGAUUCGGCUAUUUCAGCCACACCCGUUGCUGACAGGUGUCUAAAAUCGAGCACACAGCCAUGCAAUCUCCAUAGACAAACAUUGGCAGUAGAAUGGCCUUACCGAAGAGCUCAAUGACUUUCAACAUGGCAUCGCCAUAGGAUGCCACCUUUCCAACAAGUCAGUUUGUCAAAUGUCUGCCCUGCUAGAGCUGCCCUGGUCAACUGUAAGAGAUGUUAUUGUGAAGUGGAAACGUCUAGGAGCAACAACGGCUCAGCUGCGAAGUGGUAGGCCACACAAGCUCACAGAAUAGGACCGCCGAUGCGUGUAGCGCAUAACAAAUCUGUCCUCGGGUUGCAACACUCACUACCGAGUUCCAAACUGCCUCUGGAAGCAAUGUCAGCACAAGAACUGUUCGUCGGGAGCUUCAUGGAAUGGGUUUCCAUGGCCGAGCAGCCGCACACAAGCCUAAGAUCACCAUGCGCAAUGCCAAGCGUCGGCUGGAGUGGUGUAAAGCUCGCCACCAUUGGACUCUGGAGCAGUGGAAACGCAUUCUCUGUAGUGAUGAACAUCUGGCAGUCCGAUGGACAAAUCUGGGUUUGGCAGAAGCCAGGAGAACAUUGCCUGCCCCAAUGGAUAGUCUAACUGUAAAGUUUGGUGGAGGAGGAAUAAUGGUCUGGGGCUGUUUUUUAUGGUUCGGAUUAGGCCCCUUAGUUCCAGUGAAGUGAAAUCUUAACGCUACAGUAUACAAUGACAUUCUAGACUAUUCUGUGUUUCCAACUUUGUGGCAACAGUUUGGGGAAGGCCCUUUCCUGUUUCAGCAUGACAAUGCCCCCAUGCACAAAGCGAGGUCCAUUUGGAAAUGGUUUGUCGAGAUCGGUGUGGAAGAACUUGACUGGCCUGCACAGAGCCCUGACCUCAACCCCAUCGAACACCUUUGGGAUGAAUUGGAACGCCGACUGCGAGCCAGGCCUAAUCGCCAAACAUUGGUGCCCGACCUCACUAAUGCUCUUGUGGCUGAAUGGAAGCAAGUCCCUGCAGCAAUGUUCCAACCUCUAGUGGAAAGCCUUCCCAGAAGAGUGGAGACUGUUAUAGCAGCAAAGGGGGGACCAACUCCAUAUUAAUUCCCAUGAUUUUAGAAUGAGAUGUUCGACGAGCAGGUGUCCACAUACUUUUGGUCAUGUAGUGUCUGUGUGAGUGUGAACUGAAUGUGAAUGUGUGAGAAUGCAUUAUAUGUGUAUUUGUAUGUAGUUGUGAGUGUAUGCAUGAGUGUAUUGAUGUAGCUGGUGGGUGUAUGCACCAUAUGUGUGAAUGAAUGUCCAUCUCUGUGUGUCUCCUGUUAUUGAUCUCAGCAUGGUGGUCAUGCAUGUGUAUGUGUGUGUGUGUUUGUGGAUGUGUGUGUGUGUUUGUGUGUGUGUGUGUGUGUGUGUGUGUGUGUGGGUGUGUGUGUGUUUAAUGAGAGGAGGUAAUAAAAGCUGCCUGUCUGCCUGUAUGAAAUGACUCUGUAAUGGAGUGUGGCCAGUCUCAGGCUAUUAGAUCUCUCUGCAAUCAGUAAUUCAUUCUCACUCUCUUCAUGGCCCCCAUUCCUCCUCCUCCUCUUCACUGGCACUGCAGAUGUCUGACUGACUGACUCCCCUUUUACUGGAGAUGUCUUGUUCACUUCUCUCGGCAGACAUCUUGAUUCAACUCCUGUCUUUUUCCUCUUACGGUAGUCACAUUCUUCUUCCUACUGCAGCAGCAGAGGUCUGGUUCCACUUUAACAUCUAAUACUGUAUGUCUUAUCUGCUAUUCCUGUUUCAUCUUAUUCUUCAGAUGGCAACAGACUCUUUUUUUGUUCUUCUGUAGCAGAUGAAACUGUUCCUCCUCUUUUAUUCUUCCUCUUCCCUUCCAAAGCAGGGGGAAACUCGUAGGCAGUUUUUCACAGUGCCGAUUUCCAUUAUGCCAAAUAAGUUUGGUAGCGAUCGUAAAAGCGCACCGCGAACGAAGCAAUUCUCUCAUUUGUUCCAGAUCUCAUCCACACUGAUUGUUCCAACAUUGCUUCUUCCACCAGCAUCACUGCUGCCGGGACCUCAAAUGGUUUUUGGUAAUGGCAGUGAACUAUCUCCCAGUGCCAAGCAGCACAGCAAGGCAAGACUUUGGACAGACUUGAACAGCUCUCAACUUCCAGGCUGCGUCUGCAAUGGCACCCUAUUCUCAGGGCUCUGGUCAAAAGUAGUGCUCUACUUUAGGGAGAAUAGGUUGCCAUUUCAGAUGCACUUCCAGAGACUCAAGUCUCCAGUCGUCUCUAGCACUGCUGCAUCUGUUUCCCCCUGGGCCUGGGUGAGUUGCUGCUCCUCUCCCCCCCCUGCCUCGGAGCGCAUCGCGCACCGUCCAGCUCCGCUAGGAUGAGCUCAUCGGCACGCUUGCUGCCAGAGCAGAAAUGAGAGCCUUCUGCUCUUAGAGCGAGGCCAGCCUAGGUUAGGCCAGCACAUUGCUUGACUAAACGGAAUCAGAGAGAGGGGGAAAGCUGUUUAGUGCAUGAUAAAAGGUUGACUGUCUUGGUUUUGGCUUCGUACCGUCCUCUGCAUUGCUUAAUCUGGCUGAAUGUUUUUCCCUGAACAUUGUUUACUGAAUAACUUCGCCAUCCAUGCCAUUAUGUUGUCCGUUUGAGGCGAGCAGCGCUGAAGCAGAAGUGGGCUAAAGUGUGAAGGUUAAGCGGUUUGGGAGUUCUGGUAAACUCUCUCAACAAACUCUCUGGUGCAUGGGGUUUCAAAGGCGUUGCACUGAAGUGUUGAUGUAAGACUUAUUGAGUAGGGCUACUUUGCUUUAUGACAGGACCCGGGGGGGGUCAACCAAAGCUCAACACUGAGAUAGUGGGAUUCCAGAACAUUGAAAACAAAACGUCCAAACAUUUCGACACCAUUUAGCAUUUCAUCAAUCGCUGACACGUUUUGUUUUCAAUGUUCUGGAAUCCCACUAUCCCAGUGUUGAGCUUUGGUUGACCCCCCCCCCCGGGUCCUGUCAUAAAGCAAAGUAGCCCUACUCAAUAAGUCUUACAUCAACACUUCAGUGCAACGCCUUUGAAACCCCAUGCACCAGAGAGACAGGAAGAAAAGGGAAAGAGAGAGAGAACAGAGAGAGAGGAAGAGAGAGGUAGGAAGAGAAAAACUCAAGCCACAAGUAUACGAGUUCCUUUGUGGCACAUUUGCCAGGUUUAUCCAUUAUUAAACCGAGGGGUACAUCUCCUUGAGACGCUUCCCGCACUGCCCCAGACCUAGCAACAGUGAACGUGCCUGAUAAAAAUAGAAGAGGGUUUUAAAAAAAUAUUUUACGGAUUCCCAAAGAAAAGGACACCGUAGGGAGAAGUGUAUGACUGAUUCUGAAUUAACAACACAUGUACAGAUGAAAUACUACCAUCAUGCAGCAGUCCAAGAGACUGCAAUGCUCCCUCAUAUCCCAAUCAAACGGUCAAUACUCAGACAAUAUAACAUUUCCUACGUUUUGUAAAUAAACUUUUCUCAAAGCUAGCCUACCAUUUCAAUGGACCGAUGCACAGACCAUUUAAAUCUGAUGAAUACAUGUCCAGAUGCAAUCUACUGUACACCUUCUGUCACUUUCCUUUGUGAAAUACAUAUGGAUACAAUGUCCUGGAUUGUCCUCUCAAUUGAAUCAAGUUGAAAGCUACAGUAUUCGUAAACUCAAUUUCCAUAGCAACUGUAAGUACUAGAAUACAUUCUGCAUAUUAUCAUGUCCUGCAGGUCUAAUGCAGUUCCUUAAAACCAGAUUCUUAGAAACGCUCUCUCAAUUCUAAUUCUUAGAAAUUGUUAUGUGGGCUUGAAAUCCAUUCAAACAUUCCGACUGGGUCUCCCUUGGUGUCAUAUUCAAAUGCUUCACUAACCUUUAAAACUUAGAAAUGUAUAGUAUUUACAAGCAGAUACAGAUGUCAAUGGAAAAGUCAUUACUGUCAUAAGGUGUUGCGAAUGCCAUUCAUGCUGGUUUGAAGCUUACAUACGUGUGUCUGAUGUACUGUAUGUAGAGUAUCUGCAUUUUAGGCUGGCCUAUCGGUGGCACUUCUGGUCAACCAUCUGUUCUUGUCAACCAUCCACAACUCCUGUUCUUCUUAUGAUGUGAGGAAAACACUUGUCUGUGUGCUCACUGGAAUUUUGAAACGGAUUAAAUAAUUUCUCUGUGGCCGAUGAGGAUCUGUUGGGAAUAGGGCAAACCAAUUGCAGAUGUCCCUGAUGACAUGUUUUGGUCCUUAUUAUUUGUUUACUUUGAGUAUUUAUCCCAUUUGCAGCAGAACUCAGUAAAUGUGAUUAGCUAAUUGCUCCCUCCAUGGAACAAUGGAUCUAGGACCCCCUCCUGGUGUUGGAGCUGUGGAGACAGAGAUACACAAACAAACCAACUGAUGCUGAGUAACAACACAGAGCGAUGAUGAGCGCUCACUAGCUGGUCAUAAAAUUAAAAUACGCCUAAUCCUCGGAGCACAGUGAAUUCAAAGUCCCUCAUAAACUGUGUGAGUUCAUGUGUGAACGUAUUAAACAGCAACCGCAGCAACAUGCUUUGUUUGGAAACAUCCCAUGCAAACACUGAUAUUACAAACAUCUGGCAGGGGAUUCAGCCAAUGGUGCAUUGUUUGAACAAUCGUUCAUUAAUUUUGAAUUAAGCCUGUUGUAUGUAUGUAUGCACAGUUUGCACACUAAACAUGUAAUUUAUUAAUUCAAUGACUCACUUAUCUAAUGAUCCAGAGACUAAAAUAUACUGCAAUUAAAAUGUGCUUAAUCACUAUGAACAAUGUUACUAUUGGCAUGAGUAGUGUGUUUGCUGUAAUGUUUUUUGUUGUUGUAUUUUCGUGCAUGAUCCAGUUUUUUGGGAUAUUCUUACUGUAUAUGAGCAAAAACAACCCAUACCUACCAGUAAUUAUGGUUCAGUUCUUAUUUCAUGGAUAAUUCAUUUUGGCCCACUUUUGUGGGGUACCUACCUCUAUUUAUGGCUGCUACAUGGUUUUAGCAGGAAGUCAAAUGAAAGUUGAAGAAAGAAAGGGAAGGGCAGUUUUGAACACAGCCCUUUUUAUUGUAAUGAUGUCCACAUGUAUUAUUUUACAGUAUAGAAAUAUGUCACACAAAGCACUUUUCUAUGGACCAAUAAGCUUAAAAUACCCUAAAAAAGUGGAGGGUAACACUUUAGUUAAACACAUUGUACACAUUCUUGCUAAUGCCAGCUUACAUAAAGAGCAAUGAGUUGACAUAGGAUAUGCAGUGGGAGACAAAUUGUGUCAAACGUGCACUAUUUACAUUUAAGGGUGCCAAACGCCCACUGUCUCCUCACCCAGAUUUCCACUGAUGCAAUGACGGCUGACGAUAAGCAUCUCGCUAGCUGACAUACUAUAUAGUGUAACAAAGUCCAGCCUACGGAGCCAUACAUGUCCCCCAGGACAGUGUUGAGACUAGUUCACAUGCUCCAUCCAGACUCCCAGUGACAGCUGCAACUGGAACAUUGGUGUUCCAUGCCACUCUCUGAACCUCUGUGGGCUGGGGGCUGGGAGUGGGAACGCACCACCAACACUCAUUGGAAGAAGGUUAAGUCAGAGCAAAGUACUGAAAAAUGGUUUGCAACUCGGUCGGUUGCAGACUAGUCUGCGCUAAUUCAAUAUGAUGGAAGAUGACGAUGGUUUGAGGGACCCAGAUGCUCUUGAACACACAUUAACUUUACAUGAACCUCCCUGUUGACAUGUUCAUGGCCUUUGGUUUUUAAACGCUGUCAAAACAGAGGGAAAUCAUAGAACCUUUAUCAGAACAGUCUUAAAAUCGAGUCCUUCUUUAUCUUGGCUAUGCACCUGUGGCUGGGCUUGGAUGCGAGUGCAUACUGCACACUGUCCAUACUUGUGUUCUUCAUCGUAACUCUUGACAAAGGAAUCUAGCUGAAAUGGUUGGCCCUGGCUUUUUUUCUGUUUAUUUAACAUUAUGAUUUUUUAUUAAAAGAAGAUUAUACUUGGAUUAUUUUCCUGGAGUGCGUCCCCCCUUUCUAUUCUUCCUCAUAGCAGCCUGCCUUGUGCCUAAGCCUGUCUGUGUUUGAAACUGAGAUGUUGAUACAGUCCUCCCGAAACCACACAAUGAAGCAGCAGCUUCCUCCCCAGAGAAAAGCAGUGGCAGCAAACAGGACAUGGCACCCCUGACCCACUUUUAAAUAAUUUUGUGCUUGUGUGAAAUGGCACUCCAAAGGAGCAUGGAUUCGGCAAACCGCUAAAUGGCAAAAGAGAGAAAGAACAAUUUACAGGGAGACGGGAAAACAGCUGAAGUCGUGCUGGGUCUGGCGGAAAGUGCUGAUGAGUAAGGCCAACAAAAACAUACAAACAGAGACACUUCCCCCCGGUCGGCAGAGCACAGCCUGUCAAUCAACUUCAGAGCAACUCCCUCACCUCAACCUCAUGUAGAGAGGUACAGUAUAGAAAUGUAAACCACUCGUCUCAUGACUAAAAUAUGACUAGAAUAGCUAAAGGCAAAACCCUUUACCCCAAGUCUGAAACAGGCAAAGGUCACCGUACCUCACGAGUAGGCUAGUCUAUCCGUUGUUCAAUAACAAAAAUAACUUCACAACAAAACCUGUUGAAAGCUAAUUGCCAUUUAAUCCUAAUUACAGGGUGAAUUCCCUUGGAAAACUGGAAAGGUCAGAGAGAGCAAUGCCUUCACAUUGCAUAAGAUCUGACUAUGAGAGAAAGUAGGCUCCCAAAAGCAACGCUGACAUGAGAUGCCGUUCGUGCUUUGAUCUUUCCAGUGAUCUGACAGACAAAGCUCACGGCCAGGCUCUGGGUGCUAUAGUUGCAGUGCCAACCCAUGAAAUGCCACAGGUCACAACCAGAUCAGCAAAGAACAGUUGGUGGGGGAAUAACUUGUUUGGGUUACCAACCUACCCUGUAAAGCCCUCCACACUCCAUACGUUUGCCCACCGGCACCUCGUGACACUGCAAAAUACCCUCUUACAAUCUCCAUCUGGCACAGUAAGGGUUUAUUCUGCUGUAGGGGAGGGGGGUGCACUUUCCUGAGGAAACAGCUGGCUGUCUGCAGGGCCAAAGAACUGGAGGAUUAUUGUAAGGUAAAUGUGGCACAGGCCACAAUGGGUGGGCAAGCAGUGAGGAGAGAGGGGGUGGUAAUUUAAAAUGCAUCAAUAGCUCUCCUUGGCAGAAGUAUGGUGCCAGUGGUUAAACAAAGACCAAGAGAGCUGAGGUCCAAAUUGGGUCAGAUCAGUGAUAUACUGUAAAUGACAUACAUUAUAUUAUACAUUUUCAUGCAAUCAACAAAUUGCAUAAAGUCUCUGAGAGGUGGUGUAAUUGACAGAGAAUCUUGUCAAAAAUGGCAUGGUCUAUUGUUUUAACUGUUGUGUUGUGACACGUAUGAGUUGCGACACGUAUGAGUUGCGACGGGUUGGGAUUGCGAUUCUGUGUAGGUUAUAGCUCUAGAGGUUUCCCUUGUAAAAGAGGUAUAUUGACAUUGAUGGGACUUGCAGGAUAAAUAACGUUUUAAGUAAAAUGUCUGUGACUUGUAGUGUUGUGACUCAAUGUUAACUCGUGUGUCCCACAGCGAUGGAGAGACAGGAUGAGAUCAUCCCUGAGCACCCCAAUAACAGCAACAUCCGCUGCAGUCCCCAGGACAAGCGCUGCAUCCAGAAGACCCUGGCCCGCCACCCCGCCAAAUCCACCAAUCAGAGAAGCAACAACGCCAGGGAGGACCCAAAGGCUGCCCUGGUGAGAGCACCAACCACCGUUCACAUCAGUAUAGGAAAAGAUUACACAUAAAGAUUACGUAUAGGAAAAUAUUACAUACGCACAUUUAAAGUCUUUGAGCAGGUGCUGGGAUAUUUAAAAAAAAUGUCACCCCAUAACUUUCAACUAGAGUCUAGUUGAGUCUAGUUACUAGACCAACACAGGUCUAACUCAUUCCACCUGUCUUCCUCAGGCUCCAUGUCGUGCUGAGCUGCAGAGAGCGCUGGACAGACUGGUGUCCAAUACUCGCACUCACGAGGAUCUCUACAGCAUCCCCAUACCCAACUGUGACAAGAACGGAGACUUCCAUGCCAAGCAGGUUUGUCGACUAACAAGCAGUCAUUAUCACACUGUUAUCUAUAUUAUGCACUAUUCAUGAAGGAAUCCUUGACGUACUCUGAAAUGGCAGCUUAUUUAUCACCUAUAUAGUGCACUAAUUUUAACCAGAGCCCUAUUGGGCACUACCAAAAAAGUAGACCACUAUAAGGAAUAUUGUGCCGUUUUGGAUGCAGACAUUUAUCCAGGUAGUCUGUGGAGAAGGUCUUUAGCAAGGGAGAUCCGAUCGUCUGUCAUUCACUCUGUCUGGUUUCAGACAGGCACAUACGAACACACUUGUUUUACUGCGCAAACAAUCCCGUCUAAUUUCGUAACGGCUCUAUUAGCCAAAACACAAAAUGUGCGUGUAACAGUAUUGUUUUAUGUGAGCAUUUUCUCCUGCCAAGACUCCACAUCUUCAGGCAAGCAAAGUGAUUUAUCAAAGGAAAAUCGAGCUGAACCGUGUACGUACAACACAACACAGUGGUUAACCUAAAAUGUUUGACAGUAAUCGCUUCAUUGCUGUGAUGGAUGUCAUUAGCUUUUCGAAUGAAUUAUUUCUUGCUAUGUCUGAAAUGGGCAACUUUGUAGAUAAGACUGGGAAGAAUCUUAGAACAUGGAGUCAGAUAAGGCUUGUUGCUCUGUAGAGCUGAAUACGCUACAAAGCAACAGGCGUAGCAGAGUCAGUCAGUGAUGAAAGGCUUACCCUGCCAAGGGCAUCAGAGUCUGGGGUUAGGCUCGAUUGUGUAACUCAGUUAAAGUACCCUUGUCUGCUCUUUAUAGUGUGUCAAAGGCAUCUGUUUACUGUUUAACUAUAAUUGCACUAUGGUAGAACUCUACGGCACCAUUUGUGAGCAUAACUAAGGUUAUGAGAGGUCAUCUGGCAACUUUUCAUUGCACAGGAGGAAUCUCAAUAGGAAAGUUGAGCCAGGCUGAUGGGUUGUUUCAAAACCACCCCAGGCAAUGUAGAGAUACUAAUCAUUCAGUGGUUGUGAGUCAUCCAACUUGCGGUUUCUAUUACAUUGAUCCAUGUUCACACUGCUGAGAUUGAGGGGCUUGAGAAAAAGUUAAUAACUAAGGGAACAAUGUCGAAUAUAACAGUGGUUUGAAUUUUAAGGUACCUCAGGUUUGAAUUUUAAGGUACCUUAAAGAUGGAAUCCGCAGUAGGGGGAAACAUCGCAACUGGCCACCCCAACACCGUUGUUAUUGUUUUAGUUUUCGUUUCUGAGCUGAGGAGCGUCGUGCAACAUGGGAAAAAAAUAAUUGCAGUACAUAUUGCGCUCUUCUAUCGCGCGUGCAAUGAUGUCCGAGGGGGACAAAAAGUGUUUGUUUUUUGCAGGAUCUAAGUGCUAUAACAAACUGCAUACCUUAUGCCAGAGUCCCCGCGGUUUUUCUGAGCGAAGUUUUCUGAGCCAAAAAUAUAUAUUUAGUUGUUAGACAUAAAAGACUAUAAAGUCACCAGGAAAUCAGCUCAAAGUGAUUUUAAUUUAGAAAAUCUGUUCCCAAGUAUUCCCAUGCAUAAAUAGAGAGGCAUAUGUGAUCGUAUCGCAAUGUAAUCAAGGUUUGAAAUGAUUCUGUUUUUGUCAAAUACUAUAUCUGUUUGGGAUUCUUGCACCCAAUUUGCAGUGUACAAAUUAUUUAUAACUAUGACCAAUUGGCCCAAGGCUGAAUGUAUUUGGGGACCCCUGCCUUAUGCCAUCUAUCUAUAUCAUAUCCCUACAGUAACAACUAAGUGUUCUUACUUCCUAUCAUGCAACAAGUGCCAUUUGGCUUCUGAGUGAUACCUGUCUUGUUUCUUGUGUCUACAGUGCCAGCCAGCGCGUGACGGGCAGCGGGGAAAGUGCUGGUGUGUAGACCAGAAGACGGGCAUGAGGCUGCCGGGGCCCCUGGAGCUGCGGGGGGAACUGGACUGCCACCAGCUAAUGACUGCAACCAUGAGAGAGUGAGGAGGGGACCGGCGGGGCUCCCGGGGGGGGGGCAGGGUUUAGGGCCAGCCAAAUUCUACUUGUGCUGAUUAGUUACAACUAUGGAAGGAAAGGACUUAACCCUAAAGCCUCACUUCACCUGAGGCCAACGGUACUUGUUGAAUAUGAAAAAGAUGAAAGGAAACCAUAGAAUUUUGUUGAAUUUUACUAUUGUUUGUUUCCGUGUGUGAGUCUGUAUGCAUCUUUUUGAGCACGUGUGUGUUUUGAUUCUGUGAAGUUAGGC